AAAGAUAGAUAUAUAUCUAUGAUGAAAGUGAAGAUCAAGCGUUCGAAAAUUUCCCAGAAUUUUUCAACUGAAUCAGGUUCGAUAUAUCUAUGGUAUUAUCAUGUGUUAUUGAAUUUUCCUUUCAUGAUUCUGCAACUAUUGUUCCACACAUUUUCCAAAAGGAUCCUCAGGUUUUACAGGUGACCUGUAUCAUAGCCUGCAUCUAACGUUAAAAAUUCAUGGAUACCGUGUAUAACAUGGCUAAUUUCGCUCGGUCACAUAUCUGUCGGUCAAGUUGAACAGUUACGUUGAAUUAUUAUAUCGAUCGGUAUGAAAAUAAAAUAAUUUGCGAAAUCGCGUGACUCAUAUAGUAUUAGGUCGUUCUGUGAGUAAAACAGCGUCCUGAAGCGAAAUCCUUAAAAAUAAGAUUUUCGCCGAGCGCGCCGACUACAUUCAUCUGGCGACACUACAAUUUGCCAGCGUCUUGUCCGAUCUCGUUCAAUAUAUCUAUAAUACAACGAUACGAAGGACUAAUGAAGGCGACAUUACUAAUACCUAUCUCCAAUUAGCUCUCCAAAACUCAUAAUCCUAAGCUUGAAUCUAGACUAUUAUUUUUGAUUACUUCCAAUAUCAUUUUUCCAUAAGGAUACGUGUCCUUCAUGACUUUCCGUUUUUUUUUCGUUUGUAUCUGUAUGCAAUUUUAAGAAGUAAUUGCAUACUGAUCGAACAACAUUGUUUCAGGCGACAUCAUCACGCAUUUACCCUACUUCGGAUUUAUCAGCAAUCUUGGAUGAAACUUCGUUCCUUCGCUAAUUGAUCGAGCAAAACUGAUAUCUACAAUCAGAAUGAUGAUCUACACCUACACAUUUUUGGAAUUGUAAUACCCAAAAAGUGGAAUGGAUUUCGAUUUACGCAAUCGAGUUACUUACGAGCACAUUAUUACAAUCUUUUCACACGUAAUUUAAAAAAUGAUAAUAUACUAAUUGAAUGAAAAUAACGAUUGUUUUAUGUAUUCUGAUUCGAUUCCGAAUGUGCAUAAGAUCGUCGGAUCUGACCACAGGUGCGUAGACUUGUGACAACCAUCCUGCAAAAAUUCGUGCCGUUUAAAAAGUCGCGCGCCUCAAUAUGGUGGCUUCCGCUGUCCCAUUUAUGGCAACGGAUUGGGGAGUUCCUCAUUCAUUAAACUCUUUACUAUACCGGAACGCCUGCGAGCCUAUGUUUUGUGUAGCGACCUACGGUGGAAGAAAGAAAGUUGUAUUAAUUCUAGAGGAACGAGUAGAGACGAAGCCGCGACGCAAGGGCGAGGUUGAUGAGUCAGUCGAGAACCGGGAACCGCAGCCGACCACCAGCAGAGCACCAGGGGCGGCGGUCACCAGAAAAAGGGCUGCUGACAUCUCACUACCAUCUACCGCAGCAGCCAGGCGCGAAGCGACCACCAACUUGAGCUCCGUGCCUACAACGAAGACCCCGACAACGAUGCUGGCGACAACUCUAUCUUAAACGACAUCCACAGCGACAGACAAAAUCGUACCACGGCCCAACAACCACAGCAGUACCCGCUACAGUGGCACCCACCAUGACCACCUCGGCAGCCGGGUCGGCAAGCAACGCAGAGAGGAAUCCUGAUCCACCGGUGAGGGGGGAAGCACACCGUUCUCCCCAGGGCACCAUCAAUGAAGUGCCCAUAAUAAAAAGCCGACGCGCAAGCAGGGUGCCGGUGGACGUCUGGCCAACCAACUUCCGGACCACCUACAUCUUACAAUUAGAGACAGCGAUGCCAGUACCUGGCUCCACAUCAGCAAGGAAGACUUUGGCACCGACGAGGAGAAGAACAUUCACCGCCAAUACGUCACCCACGAUUGCGGUGGGCCACGCAAAAACAGGGAGACUAGUGCCGAGGUCAGAAGAGACGGCGGCCCCACCAUCUUACGCCGCCGUCACGAUGGGUGCCACGAGGCCGUCAAGGACCGACCGAUAUGCCGCAGCAGCACGCAGAGUUGGCCGGCAUUACGAACGACGUCGCUUCCCCGCCGGGGAUGGCGGGAGGACCCUACAGCCCUCUUACGAGGAAAAACCGGGGCCCAGCCGUCCUGUAAACCGUCAGCGAGGAGCUGAGGACCCCGAUAAGCGGACUGUUCUACACCUCAACUUUGCCUGUAACUCUCACCACGACGACCGUCAUAACGAUGACUUGGAAGGAACCCAUUUCCAGGGUCCAGGGGGGAGACAAUGAGGGGAGCGCCGCAUUAUAUCCGCCAUAACCACCAGCGGCGCGAGUUCUCUCCCCUCCGGCGGUCGUCGGAGUAGCGGGGCCAUCCAGGGCGGUUCCUCCACAACAACAACAACAGCAACAACAGCAACAACAACAGAACAACAAUGACGGCAACAACACUGACAGCAACACGCCGUGGCAGAAGGUUAACGGGCGAGUCCGCAGACGACAUCCCAGCGGGCCCGCGACAUCAGCUGAAGACUCGGAAGACAAGGGGACGCCGCCGCCACCUCCACAACCACCAGCGAGGCCUCGACUGUCUUUCGGCACCGCCCGGGCGCUCCGAAGAAGCAGUAGUACGAGUAGGGAGUCUCCCACGACGUUGCGGCAAAGCUCAGGGUCCACCUGAAGCGUAUUUUACGGGAAAACGACGUCGUCAAUCAACGACUGGGGGAAACAAGAGUAAUUCAAGGGCGGGCUCUUUCAACUUGCGGAAGAAAGGAAACAAAGGAGAAAGAGAAAAACGACAUGGCGAAGCUUGAAGAGCUGUGGGAAGGGGGAGUCUUGACACCACCGAGCGGGUGACCCAACCCGUAAGUAGUCACGGAUCGUCUUCCGUCCUCCGCUGGAGGUGGAGAGCGUAGGGGUCGUGGAGCUGGACCCAGGUGUGGUUCAAGGAAUCGCCCCGAUCGCCAGCAGCAACAUUCAAAGCAACAACAUCAGCCCAAACAAGAGGGACCGGAGAGGACUCUUCUGGAUAUACGGGAUCGCGUGGCGGAAGCCGCAAGAUUGCAGAAACUCUACAGAGGGAACCGCCGGCGUGCAGUCCAGGAGGUGCUUCAGGGUCCGUGCCAGCACUGUGAAGUGGCGAAGGGGCGGAUCAUGGAGCACUUCGUGGCAAUGUACCGUCCGGCGGGGAACCCGGGAACCCCACAAAAUUGUGACGUUAUUAACAAGCAUAAAAAUAUUCACAAAAUAAUUGAAAAAAGCAAUUUCCGAAAUCGGGCGGCGCUAUGCCGCCCGGUGCGAGUGAGCCUUCGGGAGAUUUUCUAACUGCGCUGUUGCCAAAUGUCGUUACCGCCACUAUUUCAGUCUGUUUCACCGCAUGUGAGAUCCAAAAAUAACAUUAUGGUUAAGGUUAGUUUUUAUUGUUGACAUCAUAGCUUAUAUGAUUUUUUUAAAAUAAUGUAAUAAUAACACUCGUGUUAUAUAAAAAUAAUAAUAAAAAUAUGAUCGGUAAGUAAAUUAUAAUUAUUCUAUAAUACAUCAUACUAAAAUUAACAGAUGUCUGGCUUCCAAAUAUCAAUAAUUAUUUGAAUAGAAAAAAAAAAAAAUUCAGAUGAACAAAUUGAAAAAAAAAAACAAUGAAUGCCAAUCUUUCGGCUGACAAUACAAUCUAAAAAAUGGUCAGAUAUCUGUUUAUUCCAGAAUUAUGACGAUCAAUUCCUCUCAUAAUAAUAAAAUGUAACUGUACGAUAAACAAGAUUAUUCAGUUUUAAUGAUAUAUUUUUUUAUUUUAGUAAAUAUGUUGACACGAAAUCGAGCAAAAUGGUUAGCUGCAAGUGAACCUGAGAAUCGUGAAUCACUUGGCGAUUCUGAUGACAGUAGUUAUCCAGACCAAGAACCAGAAAUAAGUGUCAAUGAUGACAAUAGUGACAAAUAUGACGACGAAAAUAGUAUUGAUGAUCAUAAUGACGAGGAUGUUGAUGAGGAAAGUACUGAAGACAAUAACAAUAAGGGAAAAAAAUGUUCAACAAUUUCCUCUACAAAAUCUUGUUAUUUAGGUAAAAAUCAAGAAACCAAAUGGAUUACUGAACCUCCCUAGGUAGGGAAAAGUAGAUCAAAAAAUAUCAUCACUGAAAAAUCUGGAGUAAAAGGGGGUGGUAAAGAAGUGAAUACACCUUUAUCAGCAUGGAAACUGUUUUUUGAUGACAAUAUUUCAGAGAAAAUAGUUCUAUAUACAAAUCAAAAGUUAAAUAAGAUUCAAGGAAAGUACCAGCACUCAAGAGAUUGGCCUAUGACCAAUAUCGAAGAAAUACAGUCACUGUUUGGAUUGUUGUACUUGGCUGGAACUUUGAAGUUAUCACAUGAAAAAACAACUGAUUUAUGGGCACGUGAUGGCACUUCUCCAUAUUUUAAGGCUGUUAUGUCUGAAGCUAGAUUUCGUCAACUCUUACGGGCACUAAGAUUCGACGAUCUUGAUACGAGAAAAGAAAGAUCACAAAACGAUAAACUAGCACCAAUAAGAGAGAUUGUUGAUCAUAUGAACGAAAAAUUUUUAAGUUUGUACUCUGUACAUGAAAAUGUGACAAUUGAUGAGAUGAUGUUUUCAUUUAAAGGAAGGUGCAGUUUUCGUCAAUAUUUCCCGAUGAAACAUUCAUAUGGCAUAAAAACAUUUGCUUUCAUUGAUUCGUUGAAUUAUUAUACAUCUUUCACAGAAAUUUAUACGGGAAAGCAGCCUCCAGGACCAUUUUUUGUCGAUAAUACAUCCAAAGUUGUAGUGCAACGCAUUGCAAAAUCAAUUUUGGGAACUGGUCAAAACAUAACUAUGGAUAACUGGUUCAGCUCAAUCCCCCUUAUUGAUGAACUACAAACAUCGCACAAAACUACAGUAGUGGCGACUCGAAAAAAAAAUAAAAAAGAGAUUCCUCCAGAAUUUUUAGCCACCAAAACUCGUCCGAUUUUCUCAUCACUAAUUGGAUACAGUGAUGGAAAAGUAUUAAGUUCAUAUGUUCCUGAAAAAAAUAAAUGUGUCCUUGUAAUUUCAUCCAUGCAUGAAGAAUGUAAAAUCGACGAAAGCACAGGUUCAAAACAGAAACCCGAAAUUAUUAUGUAUUACAACUAAACGAAAGGAGACGUAGAUACUGUAGAUCAACUUCGCGGGAAUUACAAAGUUGCUCGGUAUUCUUGUCGAUGGCCACUCACAUUUUUUUUUCUCAUUAAUGGAUCUCGUCGGGAUUGAUUCCCAAAUUAUUUAUUCUGAGAAUACAGGCACAGAAUUAUCUCGAAAGUUGAAUUAUCUUAAAAGUUUUUUAACUGAGAUUGAUAAAGACUUAACUAAGCCUUUCAUGAUCAAACGUGUAACUAUACCUCAAAUUUAAACACCUUUACGCAUGACGCUUAAGCAAAUCCUCAACAUCUCUGACGAAGAAGUAUCUGUUAUUGUACAAGAUAAAUCUAAGCAACUAUGUGCAUAUUGCCCGAGAAAGAAGAAUCGUGAGACGACUAUCACUUGUUACUCCUGUGAAAAUUAUAUAUGCAAAGAACAUACUCGUAAAAUGUGCGAGAGAUGUUAUAUGUAUACUAGCGGACCCGACAGACGUUGUCCUGUACACACGUCUUUAAUUUCAUACUUUUUUUAAUGAGCUGAAACAAUCUGGACCGCUUUGAUGAAAAUUAUUAUUGAAAAGUUAUUACUUUGUUAAAUAAAUAACAGCAUCGUAAAUGAAAACUUUAACUCAUUUUAAUGAAAGGUGAAAAAGCUUGCACUCAAAACAUUUUAUAACAUAUAUAUUUAUUUAUUUUUAAUUUACAAAAACUUAAUUUAGCGUAAUGCCAUUGGAUGUACAAUAUUUUUAGUUAGUCCAUGAGGAGUAUAAACAAACAAACUCGAUGGUUUUCCAACUCUGGAACACGCAACGUACAAUUGGCCGUGAGAAAAACACGGAUUUUCUAAAUCUAAGCCACAAAAUGUCAUCGUUUGACCUUGUGACUUAUUAAUAGUCAUAGCAUAUGCCAAACGGAUCAGAAAUUGUAAGCGUUUAAAUGGUAUAGGUGAAUCUGAAGUAAUUUAUGAAAAAUAUACUCACUUCGAUUCCGCACUAAAUUUACAAAAUGUAUAAGUUAUUUAUAUACACUUCUGAACUCUUCGAAAACUAAUUACAUUAAAUAUUUUAAUUAGCAACUUCACUUGAAUAACACAAUUAUAACACAAAAUAACGAAAUACUUUUUCAAAUUGAUCGUAGCACUAUCUGUCGGGACAAACUAAAAUUAAAAUAGAAUAAUAUUGAAUGCGAUGAUAGCGCCGUCCGCCGGAUCUAAUGUAAAACAUUCCAAAAUCAACAACUCCUUAUAAAUAAUAAAUUAAUUGAAAAAACAUUUUCCAGUAGACCAAACUGUAAAUCUAAACCAUUCUCGAAUCUCCACGAACACACACAAAAAAUUUCAUCAAAAUUGGUCCAGUCGUUUAGGAAGAGUUCAGUCACAUACACACGCACACAAGAAAUAUAUAUAUUAAGAUUAAGGAAUGAAAAAAUUUGAGUACUUACUGGACACUCUAGUAAACAAUAAUCAGUUGGAAAAAAAAUGUAAUCAU